AUGUACGUGAGGAAAAAUCUUGUUCAAUUACUUCAAAAGGCAUCUGGUUUUCCUAUCCUGCGUCGGAAUAUUAUGAGAAAUCCGGAACAUAAUCGUCUGUACGAAAGAGAUGAAUUAGCAAUAAAUUACUCGAAACUUUGUCCUUCUUAUCCUACUAAAUUAACAGAUGACAUUAUUGAGCAUUUGGCCAACAAACAAGGAAGGAUUAAUAAAAGCAGACAAUUUGAACGAAUGCUUGACUUGGGAUGCGGUAUCGGUUUGUCGACUAAAAUUUUUGCGCCAUAUUUUGAGUCAAUACUAGGGGUUGAUUUGAGUGAAUCUCAAAUACAUCUCGCAAUAUGGUCAAACAGAGAUAGAAAUGUGGCUUACAAAAUCAUUAAUGACCAUGUACUACCAGUGAAAAACAACAGCAUUGAUUUGCUAACUUGUGCAUCGUCUCUUCAAUGUUUAGACCUACAAAAAUUUGAAAAAGAAUGCGACCGAGUUUUGAAAUCUGAUGGUUGCUGUGCCGUUUAUACAACGAAUUAUAAAAGUAUUAAAAAUGCUGACAUCGAUGACAAUGGCUCAGAACGCCACCGAGUGUUCUUGAGAGAUAUAGUUUUGAAAUAUUUUUCUGAUAUAGACGCUCAUCCUAGAAAUGUAGCAGCUCUUGAUGGCAACCUGCCAAUUUACGAACAAUUGAAAACCCAAAACAAGGAGUGGUUGCAAAGCAUAUAUUACGAAAGAAAUAUGUCGCUCAAUCAGUUCAAAGAUAUUUUUCGAAGCUAUGGUGAUUAUGAGAUAUUAAUAAAAAAACGCAGAUCAUCUGUUGAUCCUGUCGAAACACUUGGAGAAAAUAUAAAAAUAGCUCUAAAUAUGGAAGAUAUAAAAGACGAAGAUAUCAAAGUUUGUGUGGAGUUUGAAUAUCCUAUUUUCGUGUUUGGGAAGAAUAUGACAUAA